AUGUCAUCGCCGUUGCCCCCGCCGCUUCUCGCCUGGUUCCGCAGGCACCGCGUCAGCUGGGCCGGCCUGCGCUUCGAAGUCGCCGAGGGCCGCGGCGUCUACGGCGUGGCUGAGGUCGAUCUCAACCCGGGCAGCGUGGUCGUCGCCGUGCCAAAGGCGGCGAUGCUGACCAGGAAGAAUGUGCGUGACGCCAAUGCGCUGCACGCGCUGCUCGCGCUCGGGCUGCCGUCCGUCGAGGUCCUCGGCCUCGCCAUCGCCCUCGAGCGCGCUGCAGGCAAGAGCAGCAAGUGGCACGCGUACCUGCAGAGCCUGCCGCUGCAUGAGCCGCUGCCGCUGCUCUGGUCGGCGGCUGAGCUGCGGAUGCUCGCCGGCACUGGGCUGGACGAGACGAGCCAGCGGCGCAAGCGGCGUCUCCUCGAGAACUACCGCAGCGCCGUGGAGGAGUGGGAGGGCGCGGCGCCGCUGCCCUCUUCCGAAGAGUACCUGCGAGCGUGCACGCUGUCGUCGUCGCGCGCCUUUCUCGUCGAUGGGGAGCACGGCGAGGGCCUCGAGGUGUGCCACACUUACGGACCGCUGGGCAACUGGGAGCUGCUUGCGGGCUACGGCUUUGCGCUGCAGGCGCUCGAGGGACGCGAGGCGGCGGCCGCCGUGGCUGGCGCGCUGGCGCGACGGCGCCGGCUGGAGGCGUAG